AUGACUGCGGCUCUCCUCUGCAACUCUACCAUUUCCUCGUCUUUCCAUGGCCGUCGACUCUCAAUUCGAGGCAAUUCAGGAAAACCUAAACCUUGCUCCUUCAGUCAUCGGAGCCCUAGAUGUGCUGUGGAUACGCCAUAUGAAGGUGGAAUUUCAAAGUUCCCUCGGAUAAGGGUAUGGAAUCCUUAUAAGCGGCUGGGUGUAAGUAGUGAUUCAUCAGAGGAAGAAAUUUGGAGUGCUCGGAACUUUUUGUUGACACAAUAUGCAGGCCACGAGGCAAGUGCAGAAUCAAUAGAAGCAGCUUUUGAGAGACUGCUGAUGAACAGCUUCUGGAAUAGGAAGAAAACAAAGAUUAACUUAAAAACCAAGCUAAAGAAGAAAGUUGAGGAGUCUCCCCCGUGGAUUAAGAAUUUGGUCAGUUUUGUUGAGCUUCCUAUUCCGCCCCCAGCCAUCAUUUUAAGACGGGCUUUCCUGUUUGGUUUAAUGGCUGGCUGGAGUUUAAUGAACUCUGCAGAAGCCGGGCCUGCCUUCCAGGUGGCAUUAUCUCUUGCAGCUUGCAUAUACUUCCUCAAUGACAAGAGUAAAAGUUUUCCUAGAGCCGCCAUUAUCGGAUUUGGAGCUCUUGUAGUCGGUUGGAUCUGUGGUUCGAUUUUGGUUCCCUUUAUUCCGACAUUUUUGUUGCUGCCCACUUGGUCUCUUGAACUCCUUACAUCCUUGGUAGCAUAUGUUUUUAUGUUUUUGGCAUGUACUUUCCUCAAGUGA